GAAAAGAUGGCGCUGCGGAAGAAGCUUGAAUUUAAUUGUGUCGGUUUAGUUUUGCAAAUAACAACGAAGCCCUUCAUGAGGGUGGAAUUAACCGCUAUUUAAUUUAAGACUUUUAAAAUCAUGAUAUAAAUAGCAAUCUCAGAGAUGGAACCGAAUGAAAACAAUUCCUUCCAGGAGGUUGUAGGUGACUCGAGCUCGAGUGUAAACGGUACUCUAAAGAGGCCGUCGAAAUCUCGUUCUCGGGUUUGGGAAAAGGUUGUUUGGUUUACUAGAAAAGCAAAAGGAGGGAAAGACAGCAAAAGUGCUGGAGCAAGCGCUGCUGAGCUGCUGAAGAGCAGCACAAACAGUAAUUUGGACUUAGUUCGUGAUCCGAGAGAACUCGAAGUUGAAAAGACUUCCAGCAAGCAUAAAAUACGGAAGAACCGAAGCAUCAAAUAUCUGAAACGACGCAAAGAAAGACAAUUUGGCGACGAUCUGGGCCCAGAAGUUGUCGAAAAAAAAGUCACUGUACAGGAGUGCGGAACAGCGACGGGGACCUUCCAUGAUUUUAACUGUGAGAGGCGAAUGUCCCGAUUACAUAGAACUUCAAGCAACAACAGCUUGCUCAAUGAAAUAGCUAAGGAAAUGAACCGAUCACCGCUGAAAGCCAAAGAGAACGUGAAAAGCGUCUUAUCUCUCCCACUACACGACUUGUCAUUAAAUGAAGGAAGAAUUCCUGAUAAUAUCACUGUUCCAACAUUUCCUCCAGUUCGACGCAGUGUAAGCUUUUCCGGACCAGCUUAUAACAGCUGGCCUCGAAAGAAAAGAUCACAUCUUGAAAACUCCUCAAACGCUCAUCUGCUUUCACCACCUUUGAAGCAAAAACGUGUCACUAGUAUAAAAAAACGAGCAUCUUUCAGCGGAUUUGAUUCUUCAAGAGUACAACAAAACUCUUCUUUGCCACAGUACCGAGGAGUGAGAAGCACCCCUCAUUUAACUCACUUAGAGCACGGUGGGCACAUUAGAAAUCAGAAUGGUUUAACUAUUGGUGCAAUUCACUUCUAUAAAAGUCCAGUUCUUUAUCAAGAAGAGACAGCUCUUAAAAUUUUACAACCGAAGAUGCAGGAGAAGUUAACAUGUGACAACUCUUUUUCUAAAUGCACAAGUCCCUGCAGUUUGACUGUCAAGUCUGAUUUGGAAAAUGACAGGGCAAUAACAGUUUCAUUAACAAGGGGAUCAGACAUCAUUACCCAACAUCAUGAUACAGCUGCUAUUCCAAAUCAUGAGAUGCUGAGGAAAAAUGAAGAUGAGAACAAGUUGGUCCAUGACGAACUCAUCAGCAGCACUCAAGUAGCAAACUGUUCAAACAACUUUCUUAGUUUUGCUGUUAGAAGCAGUGAAAGUCAAAACUCAACCAUUUCUGCUUUUCUGUUAGAGGGAGAGUGUUCUAGUACCUGUAUGACAUCUAGUCCUGUUGAUUCUUCUGAUGAGGAUUCAGAGAAGGAGAAGCUGUCACUGCCAAGUGAUUCAUCUGAGUAUAUGACACAGGUUGAUUCUGUAAAUGAAGACGUUGAUGUGGUGAAGUACAAUUAUGGUGAUUUUAUAUCAGAAGAUGGUAUUGUGCAUGAAAAUGUUUUUGCAAGCAUUGACAAUAACAAAGCUAUAGAUAACCAAGAUCAUCAUGCCAGGGUCCACAAAUUGGAAGCUGUCCGACAACAUUCAGUUUCUUCCAUUAUCAAUGGAGAUAGCUCCUUCCCUGCAGUUGUGUCUGGCGUAAAAUCCAUUGAUACCAGAACAGAGAAUGAAAUUUGUGCUACAGCUCAUUGUGAUACACAAAAAGGUACAGCUCUUGCAUCCCAAAAACUUUCUUUGAUGGAUGAAAUUAGAAGAGGUGAAGUAAGGACUUCUUCUCCUGGUCACUAUGGUCAUGGGCAAAGUUUAUGGUCAGGAAAUCAAAUGAUUUGGCAGAGAAAGCCUACUGUUGAUGGACCACAGUUUAAAAAGCGCAGUGAGGUAACUCCUUUUGAAUUCCACCUUUUUUUUGCACUUAGGAAAGUAUGGCAGAUUGAAUUUUGUGGAUGCUUGAUUUGAAAAUACUGUGUAAAUGGAAGUUAUUGAACAUAGGGUAGAAUCUGCCCACUCAAAACUCCAAAAGAAUUCCAAAACAGGUUUGUGAUUGAGAGAGUUUAAAGUAAACUGGUAAUAGAUUGAAGAUAAACACACAAGGAAAUAAUUGAGAGUUUUGGUCAAAGAGAAUUCCUAGUAGUAUGAGUUUUAGUUUGUGAGGUCCUAUUUUAGACUGCAACCUAGUUUGGUCAGCGAUCAGUGUUCUCCUAUUCAGGGGGUAAUUGGUGAAAUUUACCCCUGUAGUACCUCUUAUCAACAGUCACAAGGAUUGCUCAAUGGGUUUGACAUGUUUUUUCUACUUGUCUUGCUUACAAUAAGGAAGAACACCAAGUAAUUAGAUUGAAUGUUGGUAAAGAGCCAGACUACUGUGAGGAAGGUCCAGGGUUUCAGUGGGCCAGACCAGAAGAACAUUGUUAUUUAGAAGAAUUUGUUAGUGAAUCAACUAACAAUGAUCCCCUAAUUGAUAUUUUUCUUUAUUCUCAUCACUUGUCUGCUUGAUAUUGUAUUGAUAUUGUAAGGCACAAUUCUUUCUUAGUCACUCAUGGGAGUGGAAGGGUUUAAAAAAAGCCUCACAAAGAAGACAUCUAUGUAAUAUUAUUAAUGGUACCUGACAUCAUUCCAGACAUAAAAGUAUUUUCCAAAGACCCUUUUUUCUUUAGAUUGUUUCAAAUUAGAUUUCAUUAACAAUGUAUUAACAUCCACGGUCCAGUUUUACAAAGGUUGGAUAAAUACUAUCCAAUAGAUAAAUUGCUAUCCGGCAGAUAAGCAAUAGCCAAACAUAUGGCAUUAUCCACAGUAUAGAAAUUUAUCUAGUGGAUAGCAUUGUCCAACUUUCGAAAAACUGGGGCCAGUAUCGCUAUAAACAUUUUUUUGUGCAUUGUUAGUUGGAACACAUUCAAGGCUAAUCACCUUUUUGGAACCUAUUUCUCUAUUUUCAGGAUAUUUUGCAGUGGUUCCGAGAAUUUAAUGAUGAACAGAAGAACAUUUUAAUUCGAAAAAUUCUGGUGAGUUUCUUACUAAUAAAAUGAUCUCAGAAGUAUCAUUAAAAAACAGGCAUGCUGUGAUAGUUUAAAGCAAGGCUGAACAGAUCCAGGUCUUGCAGUUUUUUUUUUUUCUGUAUUGCUUGCAUUUCACUCUGUCUCUAAAAUUCAGCAAUUAGGGGCCAUAUACUAUUCAUAACUAAAAAUAAGUGUUAUCAUAAUAGACAUUUUUAGCUAUGUGGUCACAUGGUUUUAAAUGGGUAAACAAGAAUUCAAAAUGGCUGCUCAAGUUUGUGCUUUUAACAAUAUCUCCUAUGUGACACUGUUUUUUCUGUUGCCAAAAUUUUCAUAUUUACAGAUGAAUCAGCACUCAAACCACUGUGGUAAUAUAGAAAUCAACUGCAUAAGAAAGGCAUUUGUAAUUGAGAUUAUAAUCACCUCAAGCUGGAAAACAAACUUUUGAGCAUAUGAUCUAUAAAGAUUUAAAAAAAAUCUAUGAAACAGGUGCAAAAGGGAAGCAAAUGUAUCACAAACUUUAUGGUGAUUUUGCAAUUUAAGGUUAGAACGAAGCUAUAUUUUUUCGAAAACUGUAACUUUCCUUUGUUUCAUGUUAAUUGUAUGCUCUGGUUAUAUGACUGGCAGCCAGUCAAAUUUUUCAAACAAUUAAAUGACCAACAGUCUGAUACUUUUCUGAAAAUUUGACAAAUAUGUCAAUGAGGAACUGCUUAGAGAUCUUGAGGGGAUUUAUAACUCUUUUGUUAAAGCUUGGUGUAGGCUUUCUCAGAAUACAGAGCCAUGGAUGUUGACACUUGAAAAAUUGCACGAGGUCCACUGCUGAUCAUGGUUCUCAAAUAACUAAAUGACCCACAGUUGCAAAUUUUUCUGAAAAUUUCCAGAAGUUGAGAGAACCUAUUCUAUCCAAAAUACUAUCUGUCAAUGAGAAACUACUAAGCAUUGUCGAGGAGAUUUAUAAAUCUCAUGUCUAACUCUUGGUUUAUGCUGACUCAGAAUACUUAAAAAUUAAGUGAGGUCAACUGCCGUCUCAGUUCUCAAAUAACUAAAUGACCAGCAGUUGUUAAUUUCUCUAAAAAUUCAAGAAAUCAUGACAACCUAUGCAAUUCAAACUCUCCUAUAUCUGACAAACAUAAAUUUCUUUGACCAAUUGAAUUAACAAUUUCAGAAGCAAAUCCUGAUAAUGACCUCAAACCUCUCCAUUCAGCCACCCAAAAAUUAAAACUUUCAGGAAGUCACAUACAGUGUACAUGAGUUGAAAAUUCCUCAAGGUAACAUAGAAAAAGGAUUAAUUUUCUUUAAAACCAAACAUAAGCUUAUUUUACCCAUCCUGUAUCUUUCAUGUCCAUGAAAUGUUCAGAAGAAAAUGAAAGUGUAUGAUUUCAUUCACGAACUAACUUUAACUUGCAUUAUAAAGGAAAGGGAUAUGGUGGUCAGGAAUCUGUUGACUGUUCCACACAUUGUACAUAAUCAACAUCAAAAAGGAAAGUGUCACCAUCUUUCAUCAUGAAAGACAAGAUGGAGAACUUCAUAUUUACUUGAAAUUCCUCUUUUCCCUGACUUCUUUCAAAGAUGUAAAUUUUCCCUAAACUCAAAGUGAAAUUUCCAAACUUUUCCCAUGUCUUGAAGUAAUCCCUUUUUCCCUGGAUUUUCUUGACCUUUGAUAGCCAUGCCUAAUAUUACUGUGUUGGAAAUGAAACACUGUUUCUUUUUUAAAUAGCCUCUGGCUGACCAUUAAAACAAUGGAAGACAGGCACUGUCUUUCAGUCUCCAAGAUCAAAUGCCUAACUGAAAACUCUGGUCUUUUAAAUGUUCAGAACACACUUUGGUGGUAGAUGUUACUCUUAAAUGUUUAUUUUGAUCUUUUUUCAUUCUAAAAAUUUCCAUUUUUGUUUUAAAAGAAACUGAUAAACAACCAUCGCAAUUAAAAAUCAAGACUAGAUGAAAAGAUUUUUCUGACCACACUUAAUUUGCACAAAUUUAAACACAGAUAGGUGAGACUAUUAGCUGAAGAAAUAUUAACAGCAGAAUUUGUGGAUAGUUAAUAUUAAAGCAGUUACAAUGUAUAAUCUAUGAUGUUUGAAGCUAAAAGGUAUAUUGCAGGUAAAGGAUAAUUUUGUUUGUAACCCCUUCUAAUGAGCUAAUUUCAUUUUUUAUGGUAUUGUUUAUUAGCUUAAUUAGAUGCUAAUUAACAUUUCUAAUUGAUUUUGUAAAGCUUCUUACUUUACCAUAAAAUACCUCCUGAUUUUCAUUAUGUUCUUGCUAAUAAUGAUAAUCUAGGAGCUUAUGCUUAUUUAAAAAAUAUCUUGUAUAAAAGUGCUUUAUAUCAGUAAUAUAUGAAUGCUUAGAUCAGUUUGGUGAUGUUUUUUUGUUUGCAUGUGGAAAAAAUUGAGUGUUUUUUCAUGAAAUAUAUGCUGCAUUAAAUUAAUGUUAGAUUGAAUGAAAUAAGAUGGAUGUAGUCACUUUCUAGAUACUCAAAUUCUCAUGCUAAACAGUUUUGAAGUGAAUAUUUUGGAUUUAUAAGGCUUGAAAUAAGCUGUCACUGCCUGUAUCAUUCCUCAUGGGGUAAAUAAAUGUUACAUGUAUGAUAGAAAUAAGGAGAUAUCUGGCAGAACAUUUUCAACCAAUUAAUGUAUAAUUAAGCUAACAUACAAAAGUAAAUCAUUGUUUUUAACUGCACUCUAUAAACAAACAUCAAAACAUCAGUUUCCAUUGAUAUUUUUAACUGCAAUGACACAUUUAAAUUGGAAUUCUAAAAAUAAACAUCAAAACAUAAAUAAUGAUAUUUUUAAAACAGAUGUGAAGGAGGUCAGGAAAAGGUUCAUAGCAGUUAACCUCUGGUGGAGAGAAAACUUAUUUUCAUGCAUUUCUUUUCAUCAUUCUUUCUAUUUUAUUAUUUACCUCAAGGAAACUAAAAACCAGAAAUCACAUUUAUUUUAAUGGUGAAUUAAUAGAUCAGUUGAUGUAACCAACCAUAAUGAAGGUGAGCUAAGAUAGGCUUGUUCUGUGACUGAUAAAAAACACUUUUCCACUGGAAGCUAGAAUGUAAUUUUUUUUUUCUUAUUUUACAGGAAGAAUGUGAGUUGCCCCAAAUGCAUAUGCUGUCUGUUGCCAUGGAACCUGUUCUCCAUAAAAGCUGCCCUCCAAAUUGUCAGGAUAUGUUGGCUUGGUUACCACAUCAUGUGGCAUUGCACAUUCUGUCCUUUCUUGACUUAGGUAAGGUACUCAAAAUUGAUGUUUUCCAUGUUGCAGGAAUUGCCUCUUGUUUGCGUAUAUAACAAAAUGAUUUUGAGUGCAAUGUAGUGAUAAUAAGCACAAGCAAAUUUUUAAAGACAACUUUUACAUGGGAUUGAAAAACACAUCACAGAAAGUCAAGAUGGACAAAAUUUUGGCAGUGCUAUUUGUAAUUUUCACUUGUGUUACAACGUUACUAUCAUGUUACAUGAAAAAUGCACUCAUUUUUAGCCAGUCAGACAUACAUAAUUUUUUCAUGUAUAUCAUCAAGAGAGUUAUUAGCAUCCAAACACCAAAACAUACAUUCUACCAUAAACAAAACAAUGAUCACACAAUUCACUCUCAAUCUCUUCAUGCCAGAGAGGGCUACCAGUGAAACAGCAAUUUGGCAUAAUUUAUUUGUUAUUUAAGGUAUUUUGUGUUUUUUUUUCAUUGGUUUUGUUACUCCUUCUCUCUGCUUCCUAUAAGAUAUGAGAAUUUGAAAGGACUAAAAAUGAUAUGCAACAUAGGUCCAGUGGAUUAAACAGAGCUAGAAAAGCAGUUUUUCGCUUUAUUUUAUUAAGAUUAGUUUAAUUAUUAUUAUUAGUUUUUCAUUUGAAGAUUUUAGUUUUUAGUUUUUAAAAAACAGGACUUGCCUGAAAACCACCAGUGGAUGAGGCGAACUGUAGAAAGACUGUGAUUACUAUUAUUAUAAAGCAUAUGACAACUGUCUUUUUUUGUGCAAUUCAGAAGGUGUGACAUAACUUACCUCACAGAAAAAUAAGAUUGGCUCUGAAGGUUUGGAUGGGAAAAAAAUUUGAAGAAGGCUGUCUGCAGUAGAUCAUAGUAGAUGUUCUUAUACCAGUGCAUAUCAUGUUUUGGUAUUGAGACAGAGAGGACCAUGGGAGUGAGCUUAUACCAAAUAUGGGAAGGACUUAUAGAGUUUAGUCUGGGAGGAGGGGUAAUGAUAUUUUUUAGGAGGGUGUCAAAUAGACCUGUUUUAAUUUUGUUACAGAAUCACCGAUCAGGGCAUGUAUUUCCUUUAAUUGGAUUGCCACUGACUGCACAGAGAUUUAAUUUGACUUCACAUAAACAGUGAAAUUCUUAAAUUGCUGUUUAUUUUAUGAGUAUUUUGGGGUAGAGGGAUGACAAAUUGGCUGAUGACUGGCUUCUCAGUUUGGCAUUUUAUUGUGUAGUUCAGUCAUCUAAGUUAUGGCAUAAUCGUCAACGUAAGGCUGGGCCAGAGAUUAUUGUCUUCCUUUAUUAGAUACAACACACAGAUUUGAAUAAAUAUGAAUUUGAAUCAUUUUUCUCCCAGUGAGUUUGUGUCGAAGUAGUCAAGUCAAUCACACAUGGAACAACUUGGCCAGUAACCCCUUACUAUGGAAAAGUCUCUGCGGGUAGGUUUUAAAAAUGCCUUGUUUCAGUAAUACUUAGUGUGGUAAGUUAUUUGCUUGGUGCUCAUCUAUUUGAGUGAUAUUGGACAUUGUUUUGAAUGCUUAUCUUGCUUAAUGAUCUUUCAGAUUUUAAUGGGGUCUAUACAGGGCCCAGGAAAGAAAUAUGUCAUCAUUCUUGGCAAUUUUCCAUGAGUCAAAUGGGUGAGGGGUCAGUAAACAAAAGCAACAAUUUUUAAAGGAGAACCUGCAACUAAUUAAAUAUUGAAUAUCCUUUGGGAAUAAAGAAGAUGAGGUUUGAAGGGAAUCAAAGUUUUAUUAAAGCUGAAUUUAUUUACAGGAGGGAAAUGAUAAGCAUGUCAGAGGACUGGGCUAAGAGUAUAUUUUACAUCUUUCAGUUGUAGUCUAAGUAUUCUAAAAAGUAAGCUUCCAACAUCCUUGGAUUUUCAAUGGGUACGCUAGAAUGAAAAUCAAUACCAGUACAAUGCUGUGAAUGUUUUCCUGUCUGUAGGCGCCCUGACUGGCAGUUGUCAAGGAUUGGGGAGGAGAAAGAAAAAAAGAAAUACACUAUGGCUGAAGGGACAGUUCAGGUAUACUGCAGCAGAUUUAAUAAUUUAUUUUUCAAUACCUUUUCAGUAAGUUUUUAAUCCUUUAACUCCCAAGAUCUCAAUAGUAAUUCUAUGUCCUGUCUGCCUUACAAUUUUUGUGAUACUAGUCUAGAGAAUUUGGUAUUAGAUCAACUACUAAUCCCCUGAUGGCAUUUUUCUUUAUUCUCAUUACUUGUCUGCUUGUCAAUGUAUAGACAUUGUAAGGAGAAAUUCGUUUUUGGUCACUUAUGGGAGUGAAAGGGUUAAGUUCUAUGAUUAUAUGGGGUUUGGGUGUCAUUUUUAGGCCAUACCUAUUAACAAAAACAAUUAUUAAUAAUGCUACAAAGGAAAAAAGUUUACAGUUAUAGCUACUGUAACAAUCACUUUUAUUCUGUAGUAGAAUUAUUAAGAUGAGCGAAAAUAGUAAUUUUUAUUAAUGAUAUACUAUUAUUUAUGAUUGUGUUGUUAGUGGAAGAAGAUGUUUGCAUCAAGGUAUCUUUUACAUCAGAAUUGGUUAAAAGGAAAGUGUAAUGUUCGCACAUUUGAGGGCCACACCCAAGGUAAACUUCUUGUUUUGUGUAUGUUGCCUUCCUUAGGCUGUUAAAACAUUGUUUCAUUUUAUGAAUUACUAAUAAUGACUUUCAUCAUUAAUUAUUUUACUACUUCAAAGUUUUUUAAUAUUUUUGGGAUGGAAUGCAGUUUAGAGAAAAGCUCUACCAUUGUUUAAAUUUGUGGAAAAAUUUAAGACAAUUCACAAUUAUAGUCACUGUGAUUUGAAAGAUUUUUCAAACUUGACUUUGAAGGACAUUUUAAUCCAGCUAAGGAGAGUUAACAGUGAAGAACAGAAAUACAAAUUGAAAAUGGCAAUCUUGAUUGAUUUUGGAUAAAGUUGUGAGAUGCACAAACUACGACAAAGCUUACUUGAAUUGACAGGUUCCUUUCCUUAUCUUAAUUUGUAUCUUCCCACCCCUCCCUCCUGACUUUUAUAAUGAUAUUUUGUGUUAAUACUUGGCUUGUGUGGUUAUCUUAAAGAUUGGCAAAUGUAGUUGAGGUGGGGAUCAAAAUGAAUUAAUUUUAUUUGUAGGCAUCUCAUGUGUUCAAUUUGAUGACACAAGGAUUGCAAGUGGUUCCUAUGAUAAGACUAUAAGGGUCUGGGAUAUUCAUAGUGGUGAUUGUGAUGUAGUGCUGACUCUAGCUGGUCACUCAGGGACAGUUAGAUGUUUAAAUCUUAACGGAAACAGAUUGGUUAGUGGGUCUGUGGAUAGAUCCAUUAAGGUAUGUUUAACAUCAGUUAUACCUGGUCAUCCCUUUGACCUUAGGAGUGACUAGUGUCUAAUAUCUCAUUACAAUAAUACCCCUGAAUCCCACAUUAAGGUCGUAGGAAUAAAGGAAAUGAUCACCAACCAAAAAGGCUUUUGAUUGUUAAACAAAUUCUCCUUGUCAGCACCUCAGGAUGCUAUGGAGAUUGAUAUGGAGAGUAUGCAUACUGAUGUUAGGGUGUUAACCUUUUGACUCCCAUGAGUGACCAAGACAGAAUUUCUCAUUACAAUAUCAAUACAAUGUCAACCAGAUAAGUGAUGAGAAUAAAGAAAAAUAUCAAUCAGGGGAUAAUUAGUUGAUCUGAUACUAAGUUCUCUGAACUAACAUUAUAAGAAUUGUAUGGUUGAGUGAGGAGAAUUACAAAUUUGAUCUGGGAGUUAAAGGAUUAAUGGUUAAUUUCUGCUUAUUUCAAAUACUGUAAAUUUUUUACCUUAUAAAGGUGUGGGAUCUGUCAUUCAAGUCAUACUGGAGUGGUGCUUCAUGUAAGGUGACUAUGGUUGGUCACAUGCACACAGUCCGUUGCCUUCAGGUAAAGAGCCUGCCAUCUGUCUCCUUUCAAAAAUUGGAAAACUGCUCCAUGCCUUCUGGCUAAAGUCCCUCACAAAAUGUUUAAAGUGCAUUAGAGCAUACUCAUAUGGAGAAUGCUUGAGAUAAAUGUAUAUUUAUCAUUGUCAUUAUUAUUAUCAUUAUGCUAUAAAGGACUUUCUCCAUAUUUACAUUCAUGAGCCUCAUUUAAGCACUGAGUGACCCCAGGAUGGAAAGAACUUGAAACAGUUCUGAAAACUUGAGAGGCACAACUUUAAAAUCUUACAACUUAGUUAACAAGCUCUCAUCUCAAAACCCAAGCUGUUCCUUUUUUGUUUAAUUUAUUUUUUUUCUUUAACUUAGCUUUGUUAAAGGGGAGAUUAAACAUGUUAUGAUAUGACUUAAAGUUUUUUGAAAUUAACAAUUACUUGCGAUGUCUAACAUGAAUGCCUUAAGAAACAAAUUCAUUUCCAUAAUUUUUCAUCUCUGACAUCAGGUUGAUGAUGAAAAGGUAGUGAGUGGGUCAUACGAUAAGACCCUUAAAGUCUGGGACAUUAGGACUGGAAAUUGCCAGCUAACUUUGAGGUAGUGUAUACUCUCAAGUUGUUCAAUGUUAUUGGCACUUGAAAAUAACCAAUGUAAGAAUAAUGAAUGAUUAUGACAUUAUUUUUGUAUUCAGAGGUCAUAAUGCUGCAGUGCUGUGUGUUCAGUUUGAUGACAGAAAAAUUGUUUCUGGAUCAUAUGACAAGACUAUUAAGGUAAGCAACAAACUUCUAAAGCUAGUAGAAAAUUCAUUUGUUCAUCAGUAAUAAAGGAAUUUUGCCUACCUACAAGCUACAAACCACCCAACAAACAAACUAAAGAUUUCCUUUUGUUUCUAUUGAAAAUCUGACUGGAAUGAAAAAAAUACUGGUUGAUUUGUACCUGAGUAAGAACAAACAUAAGCUAAGUGGGUAGUCAGGAUGUCCAUACUGAUACAGCUAAAAUAAUUUAAGAUAAUUAUAUGAAGUAUUCUCAGUUUUCAAUGUUAGUGACUUAACAUGACAGUACAUUUGACAAAGCAACCAAAAUGAUUAAAAGCAUCUUUCUCGAGACUCCACUUGCUUUAUAAUUAUAAUCAUGUUGGUGUUUCAUUCACAGGUGUGGAGCCUGACAGAGGGUUCAUGUCUUAUGACACUGACGGGCCAUCAUGAUGCUGUCACUUGUUUAAAUUUAACAUUUGACAGCAGGAAGGUUAUCAGUGGCUCGUUGGAUCACAAUCUUAAAUUUUGGGAUCUGCUGACUGGAAAGGUAAUCAAAUGAUCACAAAGGUCACUGUUUCCUUGUGUUAUUUUGAGAGUAAGUAGCCUUUCUCUUGUUAAUGAUGUGAUAUUGUUUGAUAUAAUUUUUUACCUUUUCAUCUAUUUUAGUGCAUUGGCACAUUGGAUUGGAUCAGAUCUGAGGGUCACACUGGUGUUAUAAGGUAUUUAAAUAAAUAAAUGGGAAUAGGAAUUUAGCAAUGGACAUUCCAUUAGGUGGCUCUUCUUGUCUAUCGUUUCCAUGUUAAAUUGGAAAUUAGAAUGUUGUUUUUUGUGAAGGGAAAAAACCCAAGGAGCUGGAAAAAAAACCUUGCAGCAGAAGCAAUAACCAACAACAAACUCAACCCACAUGUGACCCUAGGUUCGGGAAUCAAACCCAGGCCACAGCAGUGGGAGGCAAACACUCUCACCACUGCACCAUCCCUGUUCCUCAAGAUUAGAUUAAAUUAUGUAUUAAAAUUUAUAUAAUAUUGAUAGUAUUUUGCAUGGAACUUCAUAUUUUGGUUAACUGCCAUGAUGUUGUGAUACAUGUGUUAUACUCAUUUGACAGAUGUCUUCAGACAGACAGUUGGAGAAUAGUGAGUGCAGGGGAUGACAAAACACUGAAGGUAAAAUUGUGAUUCUAGUGAGCUGCUGUUAGUACGAAUUAGCUUGGCCACAAGUUUUAAUCCUUUCACUCCCUAGAUCUUAUUAGUGCUUCCCCAUACUGACUACUGUACAAUUCCUACAUGGUUGGUUAAGAGAAUUUGAUAUUUGAUCUACAAGUAAUCCCCAAAUUAAUAUUUUUCUUUAUUCUCAUUUGCUUGUCUGCUUGAUAUUGUAUUGAUGUUGUAAGGAGAAAUUCUGUCCUGGUCACUCAUGGGAGUUGAAGGGUUAAAGCAACAAUCCUGAGAAACCAACACCUAUUGUAAUAGAAUGGUAGGAUUAUUGUUGGUGUUGAUAAAUUUUACCCCAAAGCUGUUUGGAACUUACAGCAAAGAGCAAGACAUUUUAAUGAUGUUGUUGUCAGACAUGUGAAAAUUACAACUAUUGUUUUUCAACAAUUUCUUUUUUUUCUUGGUUUUUUUUUUUUAAACAGAUGUGGAGCUUAGAAAGUGGACAGCGUUUGCUGACAUUGCGUUGUCACACAGAUGGUGUGACAUGCUUACAGUUCAAUGAUUAUAGCAUUGUCUCAGGUUCUUACGACAAAACUGUGAAGUUGUGGGACUUCACUCCUUCACAUGAAUUUCUGACUCCUGGCUGAACAGAUAGUUUUUUUCAACAGAGGAUUCAGCUAGUCAAGGAUAUUUUGUUCACUAAAAUUUUGCAACGGUCACUCAACCAUAGCUGAAAUUGUGUCUUGGGAAGUUGCCAUUUUGAAUGGUGUUACAACAGCAGUUUGCUGUUAGAGAGGAAGAUAAAAUUUCUGGUCACCUUCUCUUCAUCUUCCUUUGCCUUCAACCAUUGGAGUCUGAGAUUAAUUUACUACUAUGUGUGUCACUUCUCAAAACAUACAAUGCAAUUUUCUAUGGACAAACCCUGAAUAAACAAUUUUUAGAAUAAACCCUGUGAAAUGAAGAGUUACUAGAAUCAAUUUUUGAAUUAAAAAUACUAAUGGAAGUUUUUGUGAAAGCUUCAUGUUGGAGCAGAAAUAGUUGAAAAGUUUAUUUACCAUGGUUUAUAAUUGAUGAUAUAGAAAUAUUUAUUUUAGAACAAAAUCAAACCAAUAAAAUUAUCUCAGGGUCUUUGACAAAAAUUUCAAGUUGGGGGACUUCACUCCUUUGCAGAUACAUGUACUCACAAGAGAACCCUCUCUUUACGUGAAGCAUUGUAUAAUUCACACUCUUUUCUUUGCUUUUUUCUCUUUGUAAUCAUCUAAGUAAGUAAAAAUUAGAUGUUCACUUGUUACUUUAAGUUCUUUAUGUCGGGAAUACUCAACAGUAUGAAAGGGAAAAAGAUUUAAGUCCUAGUUUUUUGGGAACUUUCAAGAAUUAUAUUUAAGAACUAGAAAUUAAUUUUUUUGUUUUGAUUUUGUAUAUAUGUUGGUUCACACCUCAUAGCCAUUAGUUUGAUUCUUGACAUAUGAUCAGUAUUUUUUGAACAAAGGAGUACAUACAAUCAACAACUGGAAUCAGACUAUUAAUUUCUGCAUUUAAAAUGUGUCACAUUUAACUUCACCAAUAAGAUAUUUAUUUUAAACUAGGGUUAAAAGAAAUUUCAUGUUUGGAUUGUGUUCACCUUCAGGGAUGUUUUUCUACAUUUUUUUACAUUUAAGGUUUUGUUACACACAUUAAUCCUCCUGUGGGUUUAUGAUAUUUUUGUA